AUGGCCUGCAUUUCCGAUGAGCCCAAAACGGAGGCUGCCACCACAAUCUCCGCCGUCCACCCGGACAUAAUCCAUGCCAACAUCCUCACGCGGCUCGACGGCGCUGCCCUCGCCUCCGCCGUGAGCUCGUGCUCCCAAUUUCGCACCCUCUCUUUCCAUGAAGACCUCUGGUCCAACGCCUGUCACUCAACGUGGCCCUCCACCAGCUCGCCACGUGUCCGCCAAGUCAUCUCCACGUUCUCCGGCGGUUCCCGCUCUUUCUUCGCAGACUCCUUCCCCACCUUUUCCACAACAACCGCCACCGACGCCGCUGCUCCGGACCAAACACCGGAGCUGAUCUCCGCCGUUGAUAUCUUCCACCGCGACCGCCUCAUCCUCUCCAAGGUGGUGGAGACCGAGACCGUGACGGGGUGGUUCCGGGGCUCGCCUUUCCGGGUCGACAUGCUCGACUCGAAGGACGUGGUUCGGACGGUCUGCAAGGACGACACGUGUCGCGACCUGAGGGUGAGCUGGAUCGUGAACGACCCGGCGAGGAAGCGCGCGGUGAACGUGUCGAGCGGAGAGGCGGUGUGCGUGGAGGAGCACUGGCUGAGCGGCGAGGUGCGGUCGCGGUUCGCGACGGUGGUGACCCGGAAGAGAGGGAUGGCGGUGGCGCUGUGCAGCGUGGUAGUGGUGACUUGGUGGCGGCCGGGAGGAGGGGAAGAGGUGAGGGAGGUGAGUUUGCAGGUGGAGGACAUGGAUGGGAAGCUGCUGAAUGGGAGGGAUAGUUUGGUAAUUUUGAUGAGGGUGUUGGAGGGUGAAAGGAGGAGGGGGAAGAAGGAGGGUUUCUGCAGUUGGAGUUACAGGGAGUUUGUGAACAUGAAGAAGGAGAGGGAGGAGGAGAAGGUGAGGGCAGAAAGAAGAUUGGACAUGCUGCUGUGCCUGUGUGUGGGGCUCAUUGCAUUAACCUUUACUGCUCUCUUUGUUUUGUGGAGAUGGAAGAACUUACUGUAG